AUGGGGAACUCGUCUCCUCGACCUCCACCGGAGCUGGACUCCAGCACCUCCGAACCAUCCUUCAAGGAUUUGGAGACGCACUGCCGGAAGCUCAACCCGCAGCAGCGAUCUGCCCUGCUGGGGCUUCUGGGGACAGCCAUCGGUGAUGCCGUUGGCUUACCGUUUGAGCUUCAUGCACAUGCGAAGAAUCGAGAACGAUUCGCUAUACAACAGGGAGAAUCCGGUGAGUCGGCUGCUGCAAGGUUCUGGUCCGAUGUGAUGCCUUUCCUUAGCUCGCGCCUUUCUCCUGCUGAAGGGACUUCCUUCUGUCGGAGCUAUUCGGACGACACCGUAUGCACCGAUCUGAAGAUGCAUGCAAUAGCCAAGGUCGUGUGGACUUGCGGCGCGAUGAAAGUUCCGGAGAACAGACUUUUCGAGGCUUUGAUGCAGGAAUUCCUGGCAUGGGCCCAUGGCAGUGGUGGCCAACUGUUUCAAGGUUAUGGCGGCUUUACGAAAGACUUGCUGAAGCCUUCACGAGGAAAUCGUCUUGGUCAUCUAAAGAUCGAGCUGUUUCAGCCAGAUAGCGACUACUGGCCCACAGAAGAUUUCCUCAAAUUCGCACAGGAGCACUGCAGUGGAAACUAUCCGGGUGGCUUCCCUUCUUUUGGGAACGGAGCUGUUAUGAGCAUGACGCCGCAGGUGCUCUUCCAGAUGGCUGGAGCAGGACCUGCUGCCCAGGUGCUGUGCUGCACUCACAGUGAGGCUUCCGCGAUGUUGGCAGCGGAUCUGCUUUCCGAACUUCUCCGUGGAAUCCAUGAAAAAAAGCUGAAAAGCGGCAAGGACAUCGGCCGUUUUGUGCUGAAGAGCACGGCAUGGAAGCAGAGCGCUGCACGCUUGAACCAGCUUCAGGACGGCUAUGUCUAUCCGUGUGCUGCUUUUCGAGAAUUCUUGGAGUCUGGUGACUGCAAGGCUGACACUGCUAACUCCUUCCUGCACACGCUCAUCACGAAGAGCAACUUGCCGCCGUCUGAGUCCGAGCUGGUGACUCAUCCAGGACCUUUCGGGUAUUUCGGCGAGAUGCUGCGCAUUGCUGCCAAUUUUGACGAUGAUGCUGUCCGACAAGGGACUCGGCUUGUCGUCGAGGGGCGCCCGGACGUCCUGGUUCGCUUCAGUCAGCGUGGCAUGAACACGACUAUUAUGGCCAUUUGGUGUGCUGCCGGCGCCAAAGCUUGCGUGGGCUGGCUGCAACGGAUGUUGUACGUCGGUGGUGACACAGACACGAUCGGUGCCGUGGCAGGUCAGAUUGCCUGCCCUCUCCUUGAGCCCGAUGAUGUGAUGAGGUCUUUCCAGCAAGGUGUCGCUCUGGAUGGCUUGCAUGGCCAAGCCGUGGCCGUUGCCCACGCUGCAGCACGGCGAUUUUUCUACAGGUCCUUGCUAUUUGUUCGUGCAAGUUGGUCGCAACUCCUUCAGACUCCUCGGCUCGUUGAUGCAAAGUACGAUGGACUCACGACACCUGAUGGAAUGCGCCUUGCCGGACACAGACGGACAUCCUGCAGAUACGGAGGCAAGUGCUAUGAUCGGAAACGCCAGCACCGCUCACAGUACUCGCACCCAGGGGACGAGGAUUGGCAGCGGCUGCCAUGCCGCUAUCAAAGCCAUUGCCGCAACCGAGCCGAUACAGGCCAUCUGCUGGAGUUCAGCCACCCGGGCGACCAUGACUGGGAAGUGGGUGAGGCGGCAGCGAAGUCGGAUUCGGACGAAGAUGAGGACGAGAUCACCCGCAAGGAUAGGGAGAUGACGAAGCGGCGACUUCGUGAACUGGGGCAGCCCGCCACCUUCUUCGCGGAGACAGACGCGCAGCGGUUCCGGAGGCUGCAGGGCUGCGAGCUUUCUCGUGACCAGGACGUCUUGGCCGAUGGAUCCACGAAUGUUAUGCAGAUCUUGGAUCGGCGUCAGCAAAGAGAGCGAGAGGCGGCGGGUGGUAUUCGACAAGGCGUCGACAUUGUUGACGCAGAGGACGCGGAAUUUGCCACACAGGAGGGCACAGUUACACGACAUGAGCCCAACGACAAUGACAGCGACUCGGAGGAUGACGGGCCAAAGCUCGCCGUGGUCCUUGGGUCGGAACCGGAUGAGCGCGACAAGGAGCAGGAAGAGGCGCAGCGGAAGCUCGACGCGGCAUCUCAUGCAGUGAUGACUUGGAUACGCUCAAUGCUUCGAGCAUGGGAGGCGCAGCUCACCGAGAGAGCUGCUGCGGAGCCAGAGCGUGCCGGAUGGUUGUUGCACCUGGUAGAGGACAUGUGCCACGGCCACGUUCAGUACAUGGGUUUCAUGAGGUGCACCGGCACAGCUUCAUUGAUUUUGAUAGUUGGGCUUAACUUGCCCAGUUGUUUGGCUGACCAGUUGCUGCAGCCGAUCAGCACGGAUACGCCAAAUUCAGAACUUUUCCCGCAUGUUUCAGGACAUGUGCUUAAGCCGGUGAACACCGCCGUGCAUGGACCCAAAAGCACGAACAAGUUUUGGGCGAAUUGGAUCGUUUCCGACCCUAUGACUGGUGAUGGAGCAAUGCAUGCGAUUUACCCGAUGCCUUAUGCCCUCAAGCUGGGAGACAGACAUGAGCUGAAAGCCUCUCACAACAGGCAGCCGAGGGUCUGGUAUCAGGACGGUAUGCUGAAGAACCGCGAUAGUUCCCGAAUCGAGCUGUAUCAGACAUCAUUUGUCGGCGAGUUUGCGCUUGGGGCGUCAGAACUCGUAGGUGUAAGCUCCAGCUUCGAGAUUGGCCAGGAAGGCCUGUUUGGCGUCCAUGUCAAUGUCAAGCAAGCUGAUGGCGAGACCGUGGUGAUGUACCCCAUUUACAGUGGGAUGGCCUAUGUUUCAGGCAGAUACUACGGGGCGACGCCCCAUGUCACAACAGAGAGAAUAAACUUUGGAGUCGUUCGCCCAUUUAACCAUCUGCAUAAAGUGCGUGAUGGUGUUUGGAGCGUCACGACAGGCCAUCAUCACCUUACCAACACUCCGGCAGAGAUUCGUCUGUACGCAUUGACGGAAGACUUGGACUUUGUGGACAGCUCGUUCGAGCUUAACAUAGCAUGCCAGGGCUACUGCAUUUCUAUGAAUAAGCAGCUGAAUGGCUGGAUGCGUGGUGCCCACGUUCUGGAAAGCAAUGACGUGGAUGUGUUGGAUGCCCACGCUCCCACAAUCCUCGUGGGAUGGGAUCUGAAAGUUGAACCUGGUGGCGUGGUGAGAUACAAGUUUGAGACGGCCAGGCCAAAGUCAGGACAGUUACUACACUGGGCUUAUGCUCAUCAUGUGAAGAUGCUGCAGCCCGAUGGAAAUGCCAAAGUGGCAGACACACUCAGCGCAAGUCAGGCACCAACAAAGGGACUUAUGCAAGGUGUUGUCGGCAAUACCUGGGUCAUGAAGGCGCCGCUGUACAAUGCGACAUCUCGGUUGGAUUUCUUGCCCCACACCGACUUCACUGAGCUGCGCAGAGGGCUGCUAGUCAACGAGACUCGUGCUUCUCUGCGCUGGUUUAGCCAGCCGCUGCACGAGACAAACCUCGCCGACCCACCGAACUGGCGCCAUUCUAUGUUCAAGUCGGACUUCUACUUCAGCGGGAAAGGCUUCCAGAAGGUAGCGAUGGUUUGCCUCUUGGCGGAGGAGCUUCUCACGCAGCAGGAAAUGGAAACGUGCGCGAGCUGGCUGGGCACUGGCUUCGAGUGCAUCUUGAGUCGGUCCAAGGGUGAGUCCACAUCCUCGGAUUGUGUGGGGGCACCUGGGGGCUUGUACUACGAUGAAGUCUGGGGUGGUCUGCCCAGCCGGGUGGGCUACAACCAGGCGUCGAAUGCAAACCCUGUCUUGCACUGCCUGCUUGCGGACUUUGGGAAUUCCUGCUACAACGACCACCACUACCACUUUGGAUACUUCGUCGUGGCCGCAGCAGUUCUAGUCAAACUGCAGCCGGAGUGGAAAGACAAUUCUGGCUUUGUGGAUUUCGUGAGCGGGCUGAUUCGAGACACGUCCAACCCCAGCCGGGAUGAUCUUUUCUUUCCGCGCUUCAGAUCUUUCGACUGGUUCGACUUACAUUCCUGGAGCCGGGGACUUGCUCCCAAUCCCGAUGGCAAAGACGAAGAGUCAACAUCGGAGGAGCUCAAUUUGCAUUACGGUAUCUACCUUUGGGGCAGGGAGAUGGGCAACGAUAAUUUGCAGCAGCUGGGCGCUACGAUGUUGGCUCUGGCAACCACGACGGUGCAGGAGUUCUUCUUGAUGGGGAAGAACAACCCGCACCAUCCACAAGACUAUGCCAGGAACCGAGCACCGGGCAUGCUCCUCCAGAACAAGGCACAAUACGCGACUUACUUCGGCAAUAAGUUUGAGUACAUACACGGAAUCCAGAUGAUCCCGCUUUCUCCUGCACUGCUGCUAGCUCGGACGCCGACCUUCAGCCAGCUUGAAUGGAGUGAAAUCCUUUGCCACUUGCCUCUUUCACCGGCCGAUCCCUGGACACCAGUGCUGCUCACUGGUGGUCUUGCGAUGUUUGACCCCAACAAAGCACUGGAGCUUCUGCUGCAAGUGCGGCAAGAGAGCAUGGAUGACGGCCUCACGCGUGCUUGGGCCCUGUACUGGACUAGCGCAGCUCUGCAGCAGUCACUGGAGCUUGGGCUGCGGGCUACACUGAAGGAAUCGCACAGCCUCAGCACCACGAGACUUGGAGCUGCGGCAAGCCUCCGCAGCACACCCCUCGUGCAUGUCCGACAGGACACUAUCGUGAUGGUGCACAGUGCAUACAGUGCCCACCUGGCACAUGGAACGACCUGCGGAACCAGACGGGCUUCAGAGCUUGCAAGCAGUGCGGUGCCGGACGCUACAGCUCUCAGGCAGGGCUUACCAGCAGCGAUUCGUGCACGCCGUGUCCUGCUGGGACCUGGUCAGUGGCAGUUGGCGCACAACUGCCCGGUGUCUGCAUACCUUGCAGCAGGGAUCCCAAAGCUCAUCCAUCCUGUUCAACGAGGAUUGCCAUGCUUGCACGGCUUUGCAGGGAUGCCCACGGGCUUCACAUCACCUUUGCUGCAGUCAUGGUACUCGACAGAGAGCGGCGAGAUCUCAGAAGGGAGCCAUAUACCUGCGACGAUGGAGGAGGAAACCACAACGCCUCCAAAGGCAGUCAUGAUUGGAAGCCCCAUGUCCGCUGCGAGCCGCUACUCUUCCCCACGUCGAGCGGAGAAGCAGCAAACGUUCAAACUGGAGAAGGCACAAUACCGGCAGUCGAAACAAUACUUGAAGCCCUUGCGCCGGGCCUUACGAGAUGGAGAAGUGGAUGCCGGUGUCACCUUCUCUUUGGCAGAGAUUGCUGAGCAAUGUGGAAACCGAAGCUAUCGAGCUGCCAAGGAGGCAUACAUGCGGUUGGCAAUCGGCAACCAUCCAUGGCCCAUGGGCGUAACAUUCGUGACAUUCCAUGACCGAGCAAACCGUCACAAGAUCGGAGAGGGUGCACAAGCACAUGUUCUGGAUGAUGAGACGACUCGGAAGUAUGUGCAAAUGGUCAAACGCCUGGUCACCUUUGCA